AUGGCCUCCAUGGCCUCUGUGGCUAUGACGCUGGUCACGCGUGACAUCUAUCCCGACUCUCCACCAGCCAUGCAGACCAGAACCGAUAUCAAUCCAACACUCAUGAUGAGCUGGUGGGCUACCGCAUUCUCUUUGGUGAUCAUCAUCAUCCGCCUAUUUGGUCGUUAUGUUCGUGUCGAACGCUUCUUCACCGAGGACAAGGUCAUGAUGAUCAGUAUCAUUCCCCUGUUAAUUCGCAUGGUCCUGGUACAUUUCAUCCUCAUAUUGGGAACCAACAAUACCAUCACCACAGGCCUGACAGAGAAAGAAAUAUCAAAUAGAGAGCUGGGCAGUAAGCUAGUGCUUGCCGCGCGAAUAUUCUACGCCAUCUUCAUCUGGACCGCCAAAGUGACCGUCUGUGAAUUCCUCAAGCGAGUCACAGGGCUGACCUGGCGUCGAUCGACAACCUUCUUCCUCCGCUUCAUGUCCGCCUUCCUCUUCUCAACACUAAUAGCCGUGCUCAUCGCAACCCUAUCCGAAUGCCAACCCUUCAACCACUACUGGCAGGUCAUCCCUGACCCAGGCCCAACCUGUCGCACCGGCUACAUCAAUCUCAUCACCAUGGGCUCUUGCGAUGUGAUAACCGACCUCUUACUCGUCGCCAUCCCAGUCCCAAUAAUCCUCAUAUCCCAAAUGCCGCUGAAACGCAAACUCGCCCUAUCAAUCCUCUUCUGUCUCUCCCUGAUCCUAGUCGCCAUAACCUCCUACCGCGUUCCCUCCGUAAUAAACCACAAAGGUUCCCAACAAUACCGCUCCCUCCUCGCCUCCUUCGAGAUCCUCGCCGCAACUGCAGUCUCAAACGUCCUAGUCAUAGGCUCCUUCGUCCGAGACCGCGGCCCAAAGAAACUCAAAUACAAACGAGCCCAAGGCUCAGCCUCCGUCUCGGAAAGCAUGGAUAAAUCCUUCGUCCGCAGAAACACCGUCAUGCAAAACCAAUGGGGCUCGGACUCCGAACUCGCAACCGGUCUAUGUAUCCGUCUAGACCCAGAUAUCUAUACCAUCCCAGGAACGUCAGACGGAUCACAUCCACCAAGACCAGCACCCGUCGCUCCACCAGCUCACAUCCCGUUAGCAGUCGCACGAACAGGAACCCUCGAUCCAACUUGGUCAUUCGCAACAACCCGUCGCUCAGAAGACGACCAUGCUUCAACAACAGAUAGUCUCGAGCCGAAAGUCUCGCCACGAGAGUACCUACGUACAAACCAGUCCGCGCGCGAGAUCUCGCCCACAUCAGAGACGCCCCGUCGCGUCUCCUUCUCAGAUGUCGGUGGUUUAUUAACAAGAGACCUACCCGAGUCAGGGUCUGGUCAUACACGCGCCCAGACAUCCUUGACCUCGCCCGUGGAAAGCGGGAACCGUCGAAGAGGAGGCGGGAGUAGGGCUUUCUUGGAAGAUUUGGGGAUUGUUCCGCGUACUACGUUCGGAAUUCGUCCGCCGCUUUCUGGGCCUGCGGAAUUGCCGUUUCCUACGGCGGCGUUUCGUUCUCGUUUGGCUUCGGUGUCUGGUUCUUCGGACUUGACUCUCAAUACUGAUGUUCAGCUUCAUGAUGUUGGGGGUUUGUUAUCGCGACAUGAUCAGUAA